GGUGAUGGUGUGCUCGGGACAAAAACUAGGCGCGGAGCGGGCCACAAGGGGAGAGAGGAGGGGACCCAGCACCGGCCAGUUCUGGCCCCAGCAUAUCGCGACCGUUGGACGGGCCAAUGUUGUCGAGGCACACGGGAGAAAGCUCCCUGCAGCGUGGGAUGGACCCUCAAAAAACAUCUCUCCUCUCUCCUCGCCUCCGUUUCCCUCCCUCUCUCUCCUCUCUCUCUCCUCUCUCUCUCUCUCUCUCUCUCUCUCUCUCUCUCUCUCUCUCUAUACACGUUGCGAAUAGACUCGUCCAGUCACACGCGCGCACGCGCACACGCAUCCACGCGAGAAAUCUCCUAAGGACCCCUACAUACGGAAGGAUUUCAGGCGAAGACGCCUGCAUCUCGUUGCGCAAUAAUAAGGGGACAUGGGCGUGUUUACAAGCUGGCAAAACAGGACGGUCUCCUACAUCCCGACCCGCACGCGUGACUUGGAUGUUCAGCUCGCGAACCACCCUCUACCCCCCGGUCCUAACCAUUGGAUCAUACCGACUCGGGAUCGUCGCCCUCGGAUUCCUAUUUGGUCGUCAACCUAAUCCAUCUUGAUUUCGAGACGUCUACGAGCUUUUCCUUUUUUUUAUCGUCGUUUCUUUUUCCCCUUUUCGUACAUCUAGCUUGCAGCUACCUUGCAGAGAUGGCUGCCUGCCGAACCGGGCAUCUGUUU